AUGACCACAAGCCCAACAGCUCCAAACACCGCCUCCGCACCCAGCACGCACUAUGCCGCGCUCGAGCUCACCCCGAACGCGACCGACGCGGAGAUCCGCAAGGCGUACCGCCGCCUAGCGCUCGCCCAGCACCCGGACCGCUGUUCCGCCGCCGACGCGACGGAGCGCUUCCAGCGUCUCGAGCACGCCUACUCGAUCCUCAUCAACCCCGCCGCGCGCGCAAAGUACGACUGGGAGCUCGAGGACACGUGCCGCAUCCCGCGCCCGCCGCGCCGCGCGCCGGUGGCCGCCGACCCGCCCCCGUGGGCCAACGGCGGCGACGGGUACGGCGCGGCUGCGAUGCACGACGAGCUCGAGAGGGCGGCCUCUGCCACUCGUGUGGGGAUGCCUAUCCCGUUCCUCCCUUUCCUGGCCCUGCUGAACCCCGCCCUCCACGACCGCGUGCAGGCCGACCCAUCCUACGCGGCCAUGUACCUCGCGUCCCAGGAGCCCAAGUUUAACGAGUUCCGCCGCGACAUGUUCCGCGACCUGAUGCGCGGGCGCCGAUAG